CUUGAAAUGGAGUCCAGUGAAUAUCAAUGAUACAUUUCCAGUGAAUUGAGUAGGAAAAGCUGCUGUAAAUUUGCAUGGGUCCUCAGCAUCCAAUUAUGGACGGUAAAGUUAAAGCACGCUGAUUAACCGGUGUGUGGAACAGUUUCACCUCAAUAGUAAGAACCAGAAUUUCACCCUUUCACCCCGGGCCUUGUUCCUCAUAUCCAAUCAGUUAAAGCUGUAAAAGAUUUAGGGAGAUUUAUUGGGUUUCUUUGCUUAGUCAAUGUAGACUUGUAUUGCGUAGUCAUAGUCUCACAGUCAGUCUUCUUCGUCUCCUCCCUUCAUUUCUUCUGUCUGGAAAUCAGUUGCUGGUUUUCAAUGGCCUCCUCCUCUUCAUCAUCGUCAACUCGCAGCUGGAAGUAUGAUGUCUUUUUGAGUUUCAGGGGUCCUGACACUCGCAAAGGGAUUGCAAACGAGAUCUGCAAUCGACUUCGUAGAAGUGGCAUUAAAACGUUCAUGGAUGAGCAUGGACUUCAAGUAGGGGAUGUUAUUUCUCCCACACUCAUACAGGCAAUUAAAGAGUCAAGGUUUGCAAUCGUAAUUUUCUCGCAAAAUUACGCUUCUUCUGCUUGGUGUUUGGAGGAACUUCUAGAGAUUUGUCUAUCCAUGGAAGACAACAGAAUUUUGCCACUUUUUUAUCAUGUUGAUCCUACCGAUGUCCGAUAUCAGAAGAGGAGUUUCGAAGAAGCUUUCUCUAAGCACGAUACCUCUGGGCGACAUGAAUCAGAGAAGGUGGAGCAAUGGAGAGCUGCUCUAGAAAAAGUGGCCAAUAUCUCAGGGUGGAAUACAAAUGAUUUCAAGACUCACAGUGAACUUGUUGACAACAUUGUGGAAUCUCUCCGCAGUAAAGUACCACCUGAUGCAAUUGAAUUCACAGAUGAUUUCCGAGCAUUUGGAGCAACAAAAGAAGCCAUGCGCAAGGUUAUGGAGGGGCUAAGAGAUGACAAGAUCACUGCCGUUGGUGUCUACGGCAUGGGCGGCGUUGGAAAGACAAGCAUGGUGAAAUAUGUAGCUGAACAAGCCUGCAAAAACGGUACUUUUAACCAUUGGAUUAUGGCUGUCGUAUCCCAAAACCCUGAGUUGAUAAAAAUUCAAGACACAUUGGCAGAUCUGCUGGGCUUCGAAUUAAAAGAGAAGACAGAAGCUGGAAGAGCAGCUAAGUUGCAUAAGGAGAUCAUGAGAAAAGAAAAACUCCUGAUAAUUGUGGACGAUGUCUGGGAGAGAACAGAGUUGUCAAAGAUAGGGAUUCCCCCCUACAAUGAGCUUCAAAAGUGUAAGUCCAAAGUGCUGCUCACCACGAGGAGAUUGAAUGUCUGUAAUGACAUGAAGUGCCAUGAAAAGAUCGCCCUCAAGCUUCUCUCGAAAAAAGAUUCAUGGAACUUGUUUCAGAGAAAUGCAGGAACAAUUUCUUUUGAGUCCACCUCGUUUGAGGAAGUGGCAAGGAAGGUAGCUGGAGAGUGUAAGGGUCUACCGAUUGCAUUGAUAGCUGUUGCAAGGGCACUCAGAGAUGAGGACCAGGAGGAAUGGGAGAAGGCAGCUGAACGACUAAAGCAGUCGCAAUAUGUCAAUCCCAAUUACCAGGAAGAUGAGGAAAAUGCAUUCAGAUGUAUACGAUUAAGCUAUGAUUACUUGAAAAAUGAAGACCACAAGUCAUGCUUCUUGCUCUGUUGCCUGUUCCCAGAAGACCGUAACAUCGAAAUAGAAGACUUGUUCCGGUACGCGAUCGGAAAAAGAUUAUUUCGAGAUGCCCAAACAAUGGAAGAAGCCAGAGGAAAAUUAGUUACAGUGGUCAAGUACCUGAAAGGUUCUAGCUUGCUUUUGGAUAGUGAGGAAGAAGGAUGUGUUAAGAUGCAUGAUGUCAUCCGGGAUACAGCCCUGAAUAUUGCACAAUCUGAAGAUGGGCAUCGGUUUUUUGUGAAAGCUGGCUGUGGUUUAAAGGGUUGGCGGCCACGCGGAUUACAUGAAGGCUGCACUGCUAUUUCACUAAUGAGGAACAAAAUUCGCAAGCUACCCGAAGAAGAGUUGGUAUGUCCAAAUCUCCAGAUUUUAUUACUAAACAGGAAUUUUGGACUAAGUGAGAUCCCCGAAAAGUUGAUCCAGAAUCUGAAAGAGUUAAGGGUCUUGGAUCUUAGCAACACUAGUAUUUCCGUAUUACCCCAAUCAUUUAGUCUCCUCACCAACCUCCAAGCUUUGUAUUUAGAUGAUUGCAGCAAAUUAAUUGACAUUUCCGUUGUGGGGAAACUUAACAAGCUUGAAAUUCUUAGUAUGAGAGGUUGUCCCAGGGGGCAAUUGUUCAGAGAAAUAGAACAUUUGACCAAUCUACGGAUUUUGGACGUCAAUCGCUCUUGGGGACAAUUCAUAUUGAGAGGAAGAAUGGUUACAAUUCCAUCUAAAGUGAUAUCAAAGUUGCAAGAAUUAGAAGAAUUGUACAUGGUGUACUAUGUAUUUGAGGAGGAUGGGUCGUGUGUAGCUGAGGGACCAAGAGAAAGAACCAAUAUUAUUAGGUUUGAUGAGAUAGCUGGUUUAUCAAAUUUGAAAAUAUUGCAGGUUGGCUUAUCCGAUGAAGGUUUUAUCCCUAAAAAUGUUGAGGCCGCACCAGAUUGGGAUUACUUUUGUAUAAGUGUCUUCGGCAGAUGCAGCGACACUACAUUCUGGCCCGUUGCAUACAAACAAGGAGAUCGUAAUUCAAGAUCCUUGCUUCUUAAUGGAGCAACCAUCAAUACCUUGGCUGAUUGGUUUAUCAAAGCGGUGACAGAGAAAACAGAAAAGCUAGAGUACAACCGCUGCAAAGGGAUGAGUGACAUUGUUAUGGAAUAUGACCGUGGGAGGUUACAUAAACUCAAGCAUCUCACAGUUGCUGGGCCACAAGACGAGUUGAAAGAGUUGAUGAACACAACAAGACGAGUUGAAAUAGGACCAGUGUUUGAGAAUUUGGAAGAGUUGCAUCUGAAAUUAGUGUUCGACCUGGAGGAGUUGUGUGUUGGUGAGUUACCACCUGGGUCUCUCUCAAAUCUCAAGGUGUUUCAUGUGUAUUGUGGUUGGAUUUUGAGGAGUGUAUCAGAAUUUGUACAGAGACUACCAAAUCUGAAGAAACUAGAUUUAAACUCUAUGCUCAAAUUGGAAUAUGUGUUCAGAUGCGAAGGGUUCGAGCCAGAACAAUCAAAACUGAGAGAGAUGCAUUUGUUGUGGCUAGAAGAACUAAGAAACAUAUGUAAUGGUCCCGCUCCACGUGCAAUGUUCCAGAGUCUUAAGAUUUUGACGAUUUACCGUUGCGAGCUGCUGCAAAGUCUGUUCGCAUCUGAUGUAGCUGAGUGUCUUGUUCAAUUGGAAGACCUUCUUGUAGAGGAUUGCCCUUUGUUGGAAAGAGUAAUGGAAGCAGUGAACAAGGAGAAGACGGUUCUACCAAAACUGAAGAACUUGGUUUUGAAGAAUCUUCCUAAUUUGUAUGGUGCAAUUGCUGUCGUUGAUAUUGAGUGUCCUUCAUUGGUACGCUUGAUGGUGGUGGAUUGCCCCAAGCUUUUGUUUUCAACCUCUUCCGAUCUCUUCGAAGCCUUCAAAUGCAGGAACCAAUUUUCAUUUUCAGCCUCCACUUCUGACCCAGUCCAACUCGAUGAUCCACAACUAUACAAAACUCUACGUGACAGGAAGUAACCAAGUUCAACUCUAUUUCUUUGUCCAGUAAAUUGAUUGUUGGACAAAUCCAGCAGUCGGAUACUAGAUGAGAGAGAAAGUACUGGAAGCUCCCCAGAAAGAAGGUUAGAGCUGAAAUCUAGGACCUCAAGAUGAGUCAAGGACAAGAAGGAAGCAACACUUUGAUGUAGGGAAUUUUGGGAGAGAUUCAAGUGGGUGAGAUUUUCAAGUGCUAGUUUUGAUGAAGCAAAUGUAAUACCUUGUUUGAGUGUGAGGCCAUCGGAGGGCAAUGAGAUACGGGUGACGCAACCAGCCGCAUCGCAGUUGAUGCCUUGCCAGCGGCAACAGCCACCGGAAGUCCAGUUUAAGGAAGAGGGGGAAGAAAGAGCCAGAGAGAAGGACAAGAGAGAAGUAUGUUCAGUUGGGUUGCAUGCAUGGAUGAUACUAGCAGUACUACUCAGUAUGCAACAGAAUACGAUAAGAAAAAGAAGGAAACAAUGAGGGAAUUGAUGAUCUAGACGUGGACAACAACAACGAGCAUGAAACCGCAGGGCUCCUUUCGUCAACUCCCUGGUUUUAUGUUCCUGCUGGGAUUGGGUUCACUGUACGAUUCUGGGGAGUGUGGUUCAUUGAAGGUACAAGACAUGUUCUCCGUGACGAUCGCUGUGUGUAUCAACAAGAUGAAGAGAAGGCUAGACCUGAAUUCGUAAUUACCCACUGUUGCUUGUUUUCAAUUGUGAAUUUGUGGCACCUGAAUCGUGAGUGAUGCUGCUGAAAUGCUUCCUCUUUUUCAUAAGUUCAAUACACACCUUCCUCUUAAGGAAAACUAAAUCAGUAACAGGGUUUCAAAUGGGAUGAUAGUUCUAUAAUAUGAUUCCAACAUAAUCAUCAACUCACUGAAAAUGAGAGGAGAAAACAUUCAAUGAAUCAGCAGGGAGCACCGCAAAUUGCAAAGAUUAUUCCGCAUGUGUCUUCUAGUAACUAUUAUAUAAAGAACUGUAUGAAACAAUACAGCUUGCAUUGAAAAUGUCAAAUAUUUGUACAAUUAAUGGCUCUAAUAUGACACCCUCAAAUUC